AUGGGGAAUACAUGCGUAGGACCCAAUUUGGGGAACAAUGGCUUCUUGCAAUCUGUUACAGCCGCGGUCUGGAAAAAUCGGCAACAGGGAACUCUGCCACCCCCAGAACAAGAAAAAAGUAGCAAGAAUUCCGGUAAAAGCAACAAAGAAAAUGAAAAUUCAGUGGGAUCAACUUCCAAAAAGUCAGAGUUUGAAUCUAAUGCAUCUGAUAUCCGCAGUGUUCCGCCUGCACCGGUGAAGAUAGACAGCGAGGAGCCACAGAAGCAGGCAGAAGCAGACGUGGAAGGCCUGAAUAAGAAGACUAAUAAUGUUGAUACCAGUAGUAACAAGCCUGCAGCUGAGGCUCCCAAACAGAAGCCUGCUCAUUUCAAGAGAGUUUCUAGCGUGGGGCUUCAAGUUGAAUCAGUGCUAGGACGAAAAACAGGGAAUUUGAAGGAGAUUUAUAGUUUAGGGAGGAAAUUAGGACAAGGGCAGUUUGGCACCACAUUUUUAUGUGUGGAGAAGGACUCAGGAAAGGAAUACGCUUGUAAAACUAUUGCUAAGAGGAAGCUGACUACGGAGGAGGAUGUGGAGGAUGUGAGGAGAGAAAUUCAGAUAAUGCACCAUUUGGCGGGGCACCCCAAUGUGAUAUCUAUAGUGGGAGCUUAUGAGGACGCCAUUGCUGUCCAUGUUAUCAUGGAGCUCUGUUCAGGUGGGGAGCUUUUUGACAGAAUAAUACAGAGGGGGCAUUAUACAGAGAGGAAGGCUGCUGAGCUUGCAAGGAUCAUUGUUGGUGUUGUGGAAGCGUGCCACUCCUUAGGUGUUAUGCAUAGAGACUUGAAGCCUGAAAAUUUUCUUUUUGUCAAUGAGGAAGAGGAAUCGCCACUUAAGACCAUUGAUUUUGGGCUCUCAAUGUUCUUCAAACCAGGUGACACAUUUUAUGAUGUGGUUGGAAGCCCUUAUUAUGUUGCUCCUGAAGUAUUGCGGAAGAAUUACGGUCCAGAAUGUGAUGUCUGGAGUGCUGGAGUCAUCAUCUAUAUAUUGCUAAGUGGGGUGCCGCCUUUCUGGGAUGAAACGGAGCAAGGCAUAUUUGAGCAGGUCUUAAAAGGCGAACUUGACUUUGCUUCAGAACCUUGGCCUUCCAUAUCAGAAAGUGCGAAGGACCUUGUGAGAAAAAUGCUUGUAAGAGACCCAAAAAAGCGGCUUAAAGCACAUGAAGUUCUAAGCCACCCAUGGGUCCGAGUUGGCGGCAUAGCUCCCGAUCAGCCUCUUGAUUCUGCUGUUCUAAGUCGGCUGAAACAAUUUUCUGCAAUGAACAAACUCAAGAAGAUAGCUAUUAGGGUCAUUGCUGAAAGUCUGUCUGAAGAGGAAAUUGCAGGGCUCAAACAAAUGUUCAAAAUGAUAGACGUGGAUAAUAGUGGACAAAUUACAUUGGAGGAACUCAAGAAUGGUUUGGAAAGAGUGGGGGCUAAUCUUCGGGAUUCAGAAAUAAUAUCCCUGAUGCAAGCUGCAGAUGUUGACAAUAGUGGUACCAUAGAUUAUGGGGAAUUCGUAGCAGCAAUGCUCCAUCUGAACAAGAUCCAGAAGGAGGAUCACAUGUACGCAGCAUUUUCAUAUUUUGACAAAGAUGGAAGCGGGUACAUUACAAAAGAUGAGCUCCAACAGGCUUGUGAGAAGUUCGGAAUGGGAGAUGUUCACCUUGACGAAAUUAUCCAUGAAGUUGAUAAGGAUAAUGAUGGGCGAAUUGAUUACAAUGAAUUUGCGGCGAUGAUGCAAGACACCGGUUUUGGAAGAGCAGGAUCAUAAAAAAGAAAAAGUGUAAGCAAUACGUGCAUUUAGAAAUUGUAGUACAUGGAGUUUAAAUGCAUCGCUUCCAAUAGUUAAGUAUGUGUUAUCUGUGCUAGCAAGCAUGUUCACAUGUACACGUGAACAGACAAAAAUCUAACUCCAUUGUGUUUUGUAAAGUUUAGUGGAGCUUUGGAGAGUGAGGAGUAAAA